GUCCCACCCCUCGCUCCAAGGACCAUUGACUAUUUAGAAAGGAACAUAUUCCUGUCAUGGAGAAGAAAAGACGCCAACUGACUCCAGAGCAAGAUGCCCUGGAGUACAUGCUUGCAUGUAGAGACAAACCCUUCCUGGAGGAAAAGUUUAUCAACUCCUUUAAAGGGAAAGGAGUGUUUACCAGCAGAGCCAUUGAACCAUCCGCCUUUGUGGUUGAAUAUCGGGGGAACAUCUUCUCUCCAAAACACACAACGCGUAGGAAGAAAUGGGGCGAUAAUCUGAACAAAUAUUUCUUCGAGUUUUCAUGGAAAGGAGCACAGUGGUGCGUUGAUGCCUCAAAGGAUGACGGGACCCUUGGAAGGCUUGUGAAUGACGAUCACAUAAGUCCCAACUGUGAAAUGAAGAAAAUGUUCUCUGAGGGAAAACCACACUUGUGCCUGUUUGCUGUAACAAAAAUAUCUCCAGGUGAGGAGAUAACUUACAACUACGGGGACUCGUCGUACCCAUGGCGAUCAACGGAAUCCUGUGAACAGCAUACAUCACAAACAGAUCUAAAUGCUGAAGAAUCUUCAUCUGAGGAUAAAAGCGCGUCCUAUGAUGGACUGAGUACUUCCUACUCAGGCAUUCACGCUACUAAAUCAACACCGAAGAAUGAAACGAAUGAGUACCGGUCAGCUUGCAGCUCUGACAAUUCCAGCUCUGAUGAUGAUGACUUUGAACUUCCUGACAGUAGAACAAGUCCUAGCAAUUACAGUUUUACCAAUCAGCUGGAUUUCAUGGACAAUUCACCUUUUGCAGAUCUAGACUCUUCUCAGGAGAUGAUGGGGACCUCUAUGCUGCAACCAGACAAUGCUUCAUGCAGCCAUCAGGAAGACAAGUCUGCUUUCAACUCUGAAGAACUCAACUGGAAUGGAGACUCUAGACUCAGGAAGGCUAGAGCAAAGCCCAAAAGAUGUUCUAGUCUCAAUCAAAACUAUUGUUAUGUCUGCGGGAAAGGUCAAACUAAAAUUGCUCGUCAUCUCAUAAAGCAUGCCAAGGAAGUUCCUGAAAUCGCUGAAGCUAAGUCAUUACCAAAAACCUCCAAGGAACGAAAAAAGCUAUUCGAUGAGUUUCGUAACAAGGGAAAUUACCGACAUAACCAAGUGGUGUUGAAGAACAACAGUGGAGAGUUGAAAGCGAAAAGACGACCUAACACCAGUGCGAUCUCUUCUAAAUCCCAUGUGCACUGUAUUCAUUGUAAAGGCAUGUAUUUACGUAAGGACUUGUGGAGGCACGUAUUCAGAUGUCCUUCUAGGACAACGCCGUAUUCUGCAAAGGACGGCAAGGCUAAAGUCUUAAUUGAAACUGCUCUUUCAGAGUCACCAUUUUCCAAAGAAAUGACACCUGAUGUGUGGAAGUUGCUUUCAACUAUGAAACAUGAUGAGAUUUCAUCUGCAGUUAUAAAUGAUUUUCUUCUUAUACAACUGGCUCAGAAUCUGAUCAAGAAGCAUGGCAAUAACUUAAAGGGAUAUGAGAAGAUUAGAAACACUCUGCGUGAAAUGGGAAGACUUUUGUUGGCACUGUUUGAAAUGUCGAUAUUAAGCUUUGAGGAGGCUAUCAAACCCAAACAUUUUUACAAAGUUGUAGAGGCUGUCAAAGACCUCGCUGGAUUUGAUAAAAAGAUGCAGAGCUAUAACAUACCAACCCUUCCUUUGAAGAUUGGAGGUUCGCUGAAAAAAAUCUGUGCUGUUGUCCUCACUGGAGGUCAUAGUAAUGAGCAGAUGUUGAAGGACGCAAAUGCAUUCUUGAAACUGUUUGAAAAUGAAUGGUCUGAACUUGUCAACCAAACAGCCCGACCUUCGUCGGGUGGACGUAAAAGAAACAAUGCGUCUACCAUACCUUUCACACAAGAUGUGCAGAUGUUCUACCUGUACCUAGAAACAACAUCAGCAUCUGCCAUCGAAAGCAUAGAAAAGUAUGAAAGCCCACAGGUUUACAAUGCACUUUGCAGAGUUACCCUCGCACAAGCAUCAGUCUUAAGCAAAUGUGCACCCGAGAUUUCAAAAAUGACACUGGAGACAUUCCAGGAAAGAGAAAACUCUACCCAAGGGUUGUCCAAACACUUCAUCAGGAUAAAUGUUCGAAACAGGAGAGGCAAAAAUGUUGCUGCCUCGUUGACGUCUGAAAUGGUCAGUGCAAUAAAUCUGCUUGUGAGCAAGAGGAAAGCAUGUGGCGUACACAAAGACAAUCCUUUCGUGUUUGCAAAGCCUGAUUCUUCCCCCACAAGCACCCACUACGGAAAGAGCUGCGUGAAUUUCUUUUCAGGUCUGUGUGGUGCCAAGUACCCAAUACAUCUCAGGUCGUUACAUCUUCACAUGCACCUUGCAAGAAUCUUCCAGAUUCUCAACCUGGAGAGCGAAGAGCUAAAUCACCUGUCUAAACUGUUGGGUCAUGACAUCCGGGCCGACAGGGACUAUUAUCGUUCGCCAGAGGCAGCCGUGGAACUUGCAAAAAUUGCAAAACUUCUUCUAGCAAUGGAAAAGGGUUCUCUUGAAAGUUUCAAAGGAAACGAAAUUGAGAUUGAAGAUGAAUUGGAAUCAGAUAUGGAGCAGGACAGCUCUGAAAGUGAUGAUGGUGAAGAGCACUUUGAAGAAUCAGAAGUUUUCCUUCAGAAGAGGGAUGCUGCUGAACAACAAGGCCUGACUCCUGAGCAAGAUGCCCUUGAGCACAUAAAGACUUGCAGAGACAAACCCUUCCUGGAGGAACGGCUUAUUGACCCUAUUAAAGGGAGGGGUGUGUUUACAAAUGAAGCCAUUGAACCAUCCACCUUUGUUGUUGAGUAUCGUGGGAACAUCUCCCAUCGCAAAGAAUCCAGGAAAGAAAAGUGUGGGGACACUUUGAAAAACUAUUUGUUUGACUUCUCCUGGAUGGGAAGAGACUGGCGCAUUCAAGCUUCAAAUGAAGAUGGUACCCUCGGGAGACUUGUGAAUGACGAUCAUAUAAGUCCAAGCUGUGAAAUGAAGAAAAUUGUCUAUGAGGGAAAACCACACCUUUGCCUGUUCGCAGUGACAGCAGUAUCUCCAGGCGAGGAGAUAACUUUCAAUUAUGGAGACUCCGCUUACCCGUGGCGCCCAAGAGAAUCCAGUGAACAGAAUACAUCACAAUCCGAUGUAAAUGCUGACGAUUCUUCAUCUGAGGAUAAAAGUGCUGAGGAUUCAGCAGGAUCCUUCGGUUCUGCAGCUUCCUGCUGUGAUGAAGAAUACGUGCCUUCUUCUAAAAAGGACAGCUUUAAAGAACACAUUGAUGCCCCACGCACUAGAGAGAAGGACAACAGUGAUUCAAGCUCUGAUGAAGAGCUCAAAGACCCCUCAUUCACCAAAAAGAACUAUUGUUACGUUUGCGGGGCAGCUCAGACUAAAAUUUCUCGUCACCUUUUUACCCAUAGAAAUGAAGAGCCUAAUAUAGCUGCUGUGUUAAAACUACGCCGAAAUUCGAAAGAACGAAAAGCUUUACUGAAUGAGUUACGUGAAAGAGGAAAUACCAAACACAAUGAAGAGGUUUUGAAGACUCGUUGUGGAGAACUUAAAGUGAAAAGGAGACCAAGCGUGCCCACUCCUACUCAAACUGUUGCAGCCUGUUCGUACUGUAAGAACAUAUUCGUUCGUGAGAAACUAAGGCGACAUAUCCGCAAAUGUUCUGCAAAGAAGUUCUCAGAACCUCAGAUAGGUAAAAGGACCCGAGUUUCAGCUGCUGCAGUGUCAACAGACCACAAACAAAUCUCAUCAGCUGUGAGGGAGUUGUUAAAAACCCUGAGGAGGGAUGACAUUUCAUAUGAGAUCUGGAAUAGUCCCUUAAUACUGCAGCUAGCACAGUUUAUCUACCCCAGGAAAGAAACAACAGCAAAAACAUACAGUCAUGUCAAACUGAAGCUGAGGCAAGUAGGACGACUCCUGUUAGUAUUGAAGAAAAAGUCAAUAUGUAGCUUAGAAGAUGCUACUAAACCACAAAACUUCAGCAAAGUUGUUGAAGUAGUGAGAGAGCUCUGUGGCUUCAAUGAAGAAACCAAAUCCUGUGAAAAACCAAGUCUCAUGAUGGAAUUAGGAAAUUCGCUGAAGAAAAUUGCUGACAUCAGCUUUGCCACAGCUUGGAAAGAGAAUUCAGAUACAGUGAAGAUCCUAGAAGCACAGAAAUUUAUACAAUUGUGCGAGAAAGAAUGGAACUUUGUACCACUGAAAUCAGGUGCAGACCAAAUACCAACAAUACCAUUCGUACAUGACGUGCAGCUUUUCCAUCAGUGGAUACAGAAGACAGCAGCUUUUGCGGUUCAAAGCCUGACAAUGCACGAAAGCUCUCCGGUCUACACUGCCCUUAUGAAGGUGACAUGUGCAGAAGUGACAGUCUUAAACAAAAAUAUGCCAGUAGUUUCAAAAGCAACGCUCAAGUCCUUCAUUGAACGGGACCAGACAGAUCUUCAUAAAGACGAUGCUGCUAGCCAAUCAGAGUUUGAGAGAAUGGUGUCCAACCACACUGUGGAAAUCAACGUUAAGACCAUUGGUGGCCAAAAAGUUACCGCUACAUUGACCCCUAAAUUGAUCACUGCACUAACCCUGCUUGAGAAAAAGAGAGAGGCAUGUGGUGUACAUUCAAAAAAUCCCUUUUUAUUUGCAAGAUCGGAUGGCUCAGAUAAAAGCUUCUACCAGGGACAUCGACUCUUCACCAAUUUUGCAGCUCGCUGUGGUGCAAAGAACUCUACAAACCUCCGCUUUACGCUUCUUCAUAAACAUAUUGCCAAAGUUUUCCAGAUUGUCAGCCUCACGAAUGACAAGGUUGAUCAGCUAGCCAAACUCUUGGGCCGCGACAUUCCGACUGACAGAGAGUACUAUCAGACGCCAGAGGCCGCUGCUGACAUUGCUAAAAUCUCAGUGCUCCUUUCAGCAAUGGAGGAUGGAUCUCUUCAAAGAUAUGAAGGCAAAUCGCUCAAGGAAAUUGACAUUCCAGAUAAAUUGGAGCUGGACAGCUGCAAAAAAAAUGAAGCUGAGGAGGUCAAUGAAGAAUCAGAAAGUUCUCUUCUGCUGAGAAGUCUUCCCUUUUCAAGAGGCUCUUCGGAAACCAAAAAAGUUCCUUUCUCGAGGAAAUGUAGGCGAGCGCCGAAAAAGUGUCAGGACAGUGAUUCUUCUGAGCUGAGCGAUGCUGAAAAUGAAGAGGUGAACACAGCGAAGGAUGACUGGUCAGAGAAGAUGUGUGAGAGCUCUGCUGUCAUCACGCCUGAGAAAACCGUGUCUCCUACACGCAUGUCUUUCAGUGAUGGUGAUGAUGACAUGAAUGUGGACUUUGACAUGGACACAGAUGAGGACACAGUCAAAAAUGAGGAAAAUUAUGAAGAACGUGAAACGACGCCUUUGAUACCAGAUGUGACAGAGCAGGACAAUGACAGCGGUGAGCUUGAAGAGACACUGGACAGUGAAAGAGGAAACAUCAUGGAUGUGGAUAGCAGGAGUUCCCUUCACUUCAUAAAUGCAGAAAAGAAGAAGAAAUUAUUGGAUGCAUUCGCUGGAAUGAAAGAAGUGAAGAUAUUAAUCCCCAAACUUGACAUUGAAAAGUUUCAGACUUCAGUCCACAUUUCCCAAUUCCCAUCGGAGUGUAACUCCAUCAAAUCACCAGUGAAAGAUACGUCCAUCCAUGAGGAAAACAAGCAAAUAAAAUCUACAUCCAAAAACGUCAGGGACAAGCCGAGCAUUGCAAAGGCAACACAGAUGAACUGCUCCCAAUGCAAGAAAGGCAUGAUGAAGGGCCAAACGGCUUACCAGAAGAAGGGAUUCACCGACGUCUUCUGCUCCAAAAACUGCCUUUUCGAAAUGUUUCCUAACAACAAACCUGCCACCAAGACCUGUCACCACUGCCUCAAGGCGAUAUCGCAGCCGCUGGAACUCAUCAUGGCUGCAGUGGACACUACAGGAACAAUAAAGGACUUCUGCAGUCCCACCUGCCUCAUCUCCUUUAAGUCCAACCCUGUGCCCACCCAAACUCCACAGCAGCUCUGCAGCAUGUGCAACAAAUCCUGCACUACCACCUGCAAGUUAACCCUGAAUGAAGAUACCCACACAUUCUGCAGCGACUCCUGCCUGGAGGGUUUCCUCGAGGAGAUUAAGGCCGUCUGUGAGAACUGCAACUCCACCUGCCGCAACAGACCUCUGAAGCUGGAGGUGGAGAAGGAGACCAAAACCAUCUGCAGUGAGAACUGUCUGCACCACUUCAUAGAGAAAAACUACACACCCCACCAAUGCACCUUGUGCCACGUUGCUCACCCGAUGUCGGAAAUGAUCGAUUACAAAAACAAGGAAAACAUGGUGAAGCUCUUCUGCUCCAGCCAAUGUGUGAUGUCGUACAAGCUGUGGCCUGGAAAUGAAAACGAGCAUCAAGAAAAGAAAAAUGCAGGUCAGAGGAAGAAGAAAAGCGACAAGCAGUCACAACACGUAUUAAAUACUGAAGAGGGAAAGAUCAUUGAGCCCUCCACUGCCAGCGAAAAUGAUGCAUCUGAAGAGGUCAUAACCACACCCCUCUCUGAAUUUUCAUGGGUAGCUUGUUGUAACUGUGGAAAGACACUGUAUCGAGGAGAAAAGCUUUACAAGCCGAAGAGCUCCAAGGAACAUUUUUGCUCAGCAGAAUGCCUCGCCAAAAAGCUUCCCCACAUGAUAGCUGUCACCAAAACGUGCUACAACUGCUUCCAGGAGAUACUGCGGCCUCGCAAAAUGAUCUGUUGUCCGGUGGAUGAUUCAGGAACUCUGAGGGACUUGUGCAGCGAUGCCUGCCUCGCUUCUGUCAACUCCAAGCGGAAGUUGAUGGCCCCCAAACCUCCACCUGUGUUAGAGUGCAAGAUGUGCUUCCAAAAAGUAUAUAGCAAAUUCAAUCUGACGGUGGAUGGCCAGAUCUGCAGAAUUUGCAGCGACGCCUGCCUCAUCAAUUACCAAAAAGUCCACAACCUGCAACUGUACACCUGUGAUGUCUGCAGCUCCAUCAGCAACGACAAACAGUUCAUGCUGAAGGAGAAGGACGGCAGUAAGAGCAUCUGCAGUGAGGAAUGUCUGGUCAAGUUCAAACAGACAAUUGAGACGCCUCAGCUGUGCCCCAUGUGCCGAACAUCCCAUCAGUUAUCGGACAUGCUAGAAAAUAAAAAUGGCGAGGGCUGGUUGGACUUCUUCUGUAGCAACAGAUGUAUGAUGGUACACAGGUGUCAGUCUUCCACUUUGUCAGGAAGGAACUUCCCUUCCCCAGAAGAUAAUGACAUCAAAGAAGUGAAGAUUUUGCCAGAAGAGAUUGAAAUUACAGAAGUGAAACCAUCGCUACUAAAUUUGGAUUUUAUCAAAAAAGAGCCCAAUGAUGAAGAAGAGUACAGCCAGAAUCUCCCAUCAGCCAUUUCCACAGAAGGCAUUAAGGAUGAGCCUAAGGCAGGAGAAGCUGUGGCUAAGGAGGACUUGAAGAUUGGGUCAGUCUUCUCUUUAACAGAAGACUCUUCUACGUCUUCAGCGCCUACUCUCACCCACAUGAAUCUGCCUGUGUCUUGCUUCAACUGCAAACAGCGCCUGAUGGACGGAGGGACGGUUUAUCAGAGGAAAAGCCACGCUGAAAUCUUCUGCUCCACUCGCUGCCUUCAGAAAUUUUACCAAGUUAAAAAGACGUGCCACUUCUGCCUCCAGGGGAUAACACAGCCUCAGGACGUCCUCCAGGUGGAUAACGAGGGGACGAUUAGGGAUUUCUGCAGCAAAACCUGCCUGGCCUCCUUCAACUACAAGACAGUUUUGUCGCCCAAAUUCUCCCUCAAGGCGCUCACAUCUCAGUCACAGUGCAGCGUGUGCAACAGAUACUGCAUCAGCAAACAUGAGAUCAAACUGCGGUACGUCGUCCACAAGAUCUGCAGCGAUCCCUGCUUCCUCCGCUUCUGCAACUUCAACAAAUUGUCCAUCUGUGAGAACUGCCACUCCCGCUGCGACAAAUCAGUCAUGCUCAAGAUUGAGGGCGGCAGCAUCAGACUCUGCAGUGCAGAGUGUCUGACCCAAUUCAAACAGAACUCACUUUAA